AAUCAGGUCCCUAGUUAUUUAACGUUAGUUUUUGGAUUAAAUUAUUCGUUGUCAUCUACAGAAAUGCGCUGAUGACGACUUAACCAUAUGCGACAAAUCAUUGCCAUGCCCAGGCCGUAUAGUGCCAGUUCCCGAUGGUCAAUCGUUGUUGUUCACGGAUUGCUUAAUUCUCACCCAGUUCCUCUCUACUAUGAAGAAAUUUAUUGAAGCCGAUCAUAAGAUCACAGCAAGGCAACUUUUCGAUGCCGUGCAUGAGGGAAGAAUAGGAUUUAUGAAGUAUACUUCGAAAGUACUUGGAUCACUCUUGAAAACGCUUCUGCAAGAUCCUGAACACAAAAAACUUUCGCAUUUUGAUGUUCGUCUCAGCGAAUACCCCCUUGAGGAGAAUACCGUCUCCGAACUCUGUCGAGCACUCCUUAUUGGAAUGAGCCUGGAGGACGAAGGCUCUAGCGCUAUAGACAAUAAUGAUCAGAAUGGUAUCACACAAGAUCAUGAUGCUGAUGAGAAUGCUGUUAGUGAGCGUGGCACUCCUGGAGUUCAAGAUGUUUCCCAAAUUGAUCUUGAUGUUUGCCAAACAUUCCUUGACCGAUUUACACCUGAUAAGGAAAUUUGGGAACUAACGCCUGAGGAGCAGCUGGGUGUGCUAGGGCAGGUUCUCAAUCGGGUUCUUGAUUUGGGCUCUUUCAAGGAGUAUAUCAGCGAUCAAGGGGACACUGGCCCAGUACAAACCUUGAAAGAGAAGAUCAGUAAAAUAAAUGAGCAGGUCAAUUCUUGGCAAGAAGAGCUGAGUAAGAUCCCCGAAAUUGAAGAAGUUGUCGAUAUCACUCAACUCUCACGCUCCGAAGCUCGUGAGAGAGCAGAACGCCAGAAGAAAAGGGAAUCGUUGGAAGGUAAAAUUGAGGACAGCAAAGACAAAUUGGAGGAGUUAUUGGAGAAACUAGCACUCGAGAAAGUGAUGAAGAGUCAGUCAAGGCGCAUCGCUCCUCUUGGCCAAGACCGUAAUUUUCGUAGCUACUAUUGGUUUCACGGAAACAGUGGUGACGAUGGAGUCUGGGUUCAAGAUUUUGGAGUUACCUCAUAUGAAAAGUUUGUUCGCGCCUGCAUCAAAGCAGGUAAACCGUUUGACGAAGAAAUUGAUAUCAAUGUAAUGGAUAGCCAACAAACACCCGUUAAUGUGGUAAUUGACCCAAGCGCAGAAAUGAAAGCGGUUGAAGGAUGGCCUGUUCUUGAACCUGAAAGCUAUACCGAGACUUGGUACAAACUUCCUGAUGUGCAGUCGUUCGACGAUUUAAUAAACUCACUCAACCAUGCAGGUUUAAGGGAGGGGAAGCUGAAAACGUCUCUUAUGAAGCAGCGAGAUCUAAUCGUAAAUAGCAUCAUCCGCGGUAAUGAGAGGGAGAGCAAGUCUCCUAAUCCGAUUGACGAUGACGAGGAAGACGAAGAUUUGUGCCCUGAAUCUCUAACACCUUUACGCAAGUCGAUUGUUCAGCUAGCAUCUGAUCUUAGGGACAGCUAUCUGACGACGAUUGCUAGUGUGGAAGCUUUCGAGGCAGAAAUCACAUGCUGCUCAUCGCUUGAUGAAGUUGUAAGUUAA